CGCAGCUGAGGAACCAGACCAACAUGUCGGGGACCCGCGCCUCCAACGACCGGCCCCCGGGCUCAGGCGGCAUCAAGCGUGGGAGGCUGCAGCAGGAGGCGGCGGCCACCGGCUCCCGGGUGACCGUGGUGCUGGGCGCGCAGUGGGGGGACGAGGGCAAAGGCAAGGUGGUGGACCUGCUGGCCACGGACGCCGACAUCGUGAGCCGCUGUCAGGGGGGCAACAACGCCGGGCACACCGUGGUGGUGGACGGCAGGGAGUAUGACUUCCACCUGCUGCCCAGCGGCAUCAUCAACACCAAGGCCGUGUCCUUCAUCGGCAACGGGGUGGUCGUCCACUUACCCGGCUUGUUCGAAGAAGCAGAAAAAAAUGAGAAGAAAGGUAAAGGACUGAAGGACUGGGACAAGAGGCUCGUCAUCUCCGACCGCGCGCACCUCGUGUUUGACUUUCACCAGGCCGUCGACGGACUGCAGGAAGUGCAACGGCAGGCCCAGGAGGGCAAGAAUAUCGGCACCACCAGGAAGGGCAUCGGACCCGCCUACUCUUCCAAGGCCGCCCGCGUGGGCCUCCGUGUCUGUGACCUCCUGUCGGACUUCGAUGAAUUUUCCGCCAGAUUCAAGAACCUGGCCCGCCAGCACCAGUCCAUGUUCCCCAGCCUGGAAGUGGACGUCGAAGGGCAACUCAAAAGGCUCAAGGGCUUUGCUGAACGGAUCCGACCCAUGGUGCGAGACGGCGUCUACUUUAUGUACGAGGCGCUCCAUGGCACCCCAAAAAAAAUCCUCGUGGAAGGUGCCAAUGCAGCCCUCCUUGAUAUUGACUUCGGGACCUACCCCUUUGUGACGUCCUCCAAUUGCACCGUGGGCGGCGUGUGCACGGGCCUGGGCAUCCCCCCACAGAACAUAGGCGAGGUCUAUGGCGUGGUGAAGGCCUACACCACACGCGUGGGCAUUGGGGCUUUCCCCACCGAGCAGAUCAAUGAAAUAGGAGACCUGCUACAGAGCCGUGGCCACGAGUGGGGGGUGACCACAGGCAGGAAGAGGCGCUGCGGCUGGCUAGACCUGAUGAUUCUCAGAUACGCGCACAUGGUCAACGGCUUCACCGCGCUGGCCUUGACAAAACUAGACAUCCUGGAUGCCCUGGACGAGGUGAAGGUCGGCGUCUCAUACAAGCUGAACGGAAAAAGGAUCCCCUAUUUCCCAGCGAACCAGGAGAUACUGCAGAAGGUUGAAGUUGAGUACGAGACGCUGCCCGGGUGGAAGGCGGACACCACGGGUGCCAGGAAGUGGGAGGACCUGCCCCCACAGGCCCAGAACUACGUGCGGUUCGUGGAGAAUCACGUUGGAGUGGCAGUGAAAUGGGUUGGUGUUGGCAAAUCAAGGGACUCGAUGAUCCAGCUGUUUUAGACAGAGACAGCGCUGGCCCAGCAGUCCCCAGCGGUCCUGUCCCACCUUGACAGCCAGAGUCAGCGCCCGGAAAGAAGUAGGAAAAUUAUUUUCUGUACUUUUAUAUUCCUCGCUAAGCCUUCAGCUCAGCCACAGGUUUCUACAGAGAUCCCAACAUCUGACAGCCAGCGUCACGUCCAUUUUUUUCUUUUUAAAUCCUGCUACUGAAAACGAGCAGAAGCACUCCAAACAGAGAACUUUGACGGCACAUUAAUAGUCCCA